UGAAACUCAAUGAUCAUUUUGCUACUAUUAGAGGAAAUGUACUGAUGGUUCCAACUUUGCCCAAGGUAUCUGAAGCUUACAGGUUAUUUGCUCAAGAAGAGAGGCACAAGGAGGUUUCUCAAGCUAGUAAUCAAGUUGAAACACUGGCGUUUGCAGCUGAGAAAAGGAGGUUUACUGGAGAUCAUUGGAACUCUAGCAACAAAACUUACAAAACUGGUUUUCAGACAGGUUAUCAAUCUGGUUCUCAGAAAUCUGGAGGAACCAAUAGAUUUAGUAGACCAGGAUCCAACUACUACUGCACACAUUGUCAAACACAGGGACACAGUGUGGAGAGAUGCUUCAAGAUUCAUGGUUAUCCACCUGGCUACAAGACUGCAAGAGACAAUAAGGUUGCAGCAGUUUCAUUUGGUGACAAUUCUAAUAACAGUGUGCCAGAGUUGCCACAAACUGAAGCAUCUCCAACUAUCACAGUGGAGCAAUAUCAGCAGCUUAUGGAUAUGUUGUCUAAACAACAACAACAGAAUGCUAAUACCAAUCCUAACCUGGCUAUGAUGGCAGCAAGGGAGGCUGAUUCCUCUUGGUGAUAUGAAAUCAGGUCUAUACAAGUUGGGAGAACAAGAACCUGAGAAAGUCAACCCUGUCCAAACACACAUCUGUAAUGUGGCUUGUUCAUCCACAGUAGAUAAU